CUGGUCACUCAAACAGACGGAAAAAGGCCUGUACCCGGCUUGUUCCUCCUUUUAUGCUUUGUUCCACCUUGCUGUGCCUCCGCUCCUUUGCCCUGUCCUGCUCCCGUCUUCUCCAUCCUCCUGUCCGGCUUUCUGUGUGAUGGUGCGUCCCCUCCUCUCGGCCCUGGAGACAUGCCUGUACAGGAGAUGGCGGUGAGUCCUGUCAAGUCCCUGCACUGGGAGCAAUUCCCCCCCAUGUCGCAGCGCCGCGUCUACUGCACUCCCGUCUACCACGAGGGCCUGCUCUACGUGCUGGGGGGCUGCAGCGAGACCGGCAUGCCGCUGGACAGCGUGGAAGUCCUGGAUGUGGAGAGCCAGACGUGGAGCCAGCUGCCCCCGCUUCCCACUGCGCGGGCGGGGGCUUCGGCGGUGGCUUUGGGGGGACAGGUGAUGGUGCUCGGAGGAAUGAAUCAGCAGCAGACCCCACUGGCCUCUGUGGAAAUGUACCAUCCGGAUGAGGGCAAGUGGGAGACAAAGGCCAGCCUAGGGCAGCCCUCCAUGGGAGUCACCACCGUGGAGAGAGACGGGAAGGUGUACGCCCUGGGGGGUAUGGGAGCAGACACAACGCCCCAGGCUUUUGUAAGAGUCUACGAAGCAGAGAAGGAUCAGUGGCAGGCGACGACCUCCAUGCCUACGCCGCGCUACGGAGCCACGCCCUUCGUGAUAGGAAACAGAAUCUACAUGAUGGGUGGUCGUCAGGGAAAGAUGCCAGUGACGGCACUGGAGGCUUUCGACCUGGAGAUGAAGAGCUGGACUCGGUACCCAUGCAUCCCCAGCCGGAGGGCUUUCUCCUGCUGCGCUACAAAUGAGCGAAGCCUGUUCAGCCUGGGUGGGCUCCAGCAGCCGGGGCCGCAUAAUUUCUACUCCCGACCUCACUUUGUCAGCACCACAGAAGAGUUUGAUCUGGAUCAAGGUGUUUGGAUCAAGCCCAGCCGAACAUCCAGGAUGAGGGAAAAAAGAGCGGACUUUGUGGCAGGAUGCCUUGGAGGAAGAGUCAUCGUAGCUGGGGGUCUGGGUAAUGAGCCAUCUCCGUUAGGCUCAGUGGAGAGCUACAACCCAGUGAAGCGGCGCUGGGAGUACGUGGCCCCCAUGCCCACCGCGCGAUGCUCUUCUGCUCUGCUGCAGACAGCCAGCAUCCUCUUUGUGAUUGGAGGAGUUGCCCAGGGACCCAGUGACGCUGUGGAAGCCCUCUGUUUACAGGAAACAGUGUGAAGCGAGCCCCGAUCCUAAGCGCUGGCAGGAAUGCAAACUGGCACCAGUGUUUUCGUCAUGUCUGAGCAGAAACUCUAAAACACACAGAAGAGCUGGAUCGCACUCAGAUACUGUCUUACUUUGAUGCUCAACGAUCAAUUCCACUUUCCCACUGGAAUGUCAAAGACCUCUUGUGGCGUUUAACAAGUGUUUCUGGGAUGAGGGUUUCAGAGCUGGACACUGAAGCAGAUUGCUGUGACUGGCACAAACAGAAAGCUGACAGCUUUUUUUUUCUCUGGAGAAAUCAGAGGGAAAGAAAAAUGAGCCAAACCACAAAACUGACACAAACCUGGUUUCUGAAGAAACGGUACGGCUUUAGACUGUUGAGCAUUUUUUCAGAAUAAAAGCAGGGUACAUUUCUGGAUUCUAAAGGAACAUAGGGCCAUAUCUGAACCUCUCCCUGGCGGCGUGACGCUCUGCGGCUGCAGCAACAGCUAGCUCCGACUCUUUUCUAUAACCUUAGAAGCGGCACUUGUUUGAGUUGCAGAUGGCGGCACUCGGAGAGUGGGGAUGUCUGUUGUGGUUCUUUGUUCUGUAAGAAUGUUGUAAGUGUACAUGUGAACACUAGCGCUGCUGACAACCACUACAGCUGCGUCUGCAGCAGUUUCCUUUACAUGCCUUCACACCAGAAGCAAGUUAAAGGCCUCCCAGUCAGGAAAACAUCCACUUUCUCCAACACGGGCCCUUCUUCCGCACAAUCACAAUUUCCUUGAUUGAAACGCUGAUUGUGGGUAAACUUGUCAGCACUUUGCUUUGCCUCACAUCUCUCCAGCUCUACGCCACACCAGUCAGUCACUGAGCUCUAGCCAUCACUCACACUGCAGCGCAGGGUGGAUUUGGCUCGUGAACUGAAUGUAGAGUUACCUGCUGCACUGAAGCAUCCUGGGAAACCGGCUUCCUGUCACAUGACAGGCUUUUUCUCUUGAAUUAUGACACUUCACUUUAUUGCAAACAUCAGGUCAAUGUCAGACAGAUGAUGGAUGUUCAUGUUUAAACGUAACCAUACUAGAGUUUAAAAACGGAUUAGGACAAAAUCAAACAAUCUGUAAAAUAUAGGGUAUUUUUUGUCGAAUACUUAUAUAAUAUUCUCAGUCGUUAAAUAUUUUUUGUGUUUGCUGUCGUUGAGGAAAACACUCAGACAGGUGUCACACCCUGCUGCAGGAGUUACCUAUUUAAAUGCAUGUGUUUUAGAGGUCCAAAAAAAGAGUUUUCUACAGAUAUCAUCAUGAAAAACCUAAUACAUCACUGAUGAUCUUUUAGGAUUUAAGAGUAAAAGCAGCAGUCAGGUCCUGCAAAUCAAAUGCACACCACUAAAAGUUUUAAACUCAAUAAAAGCAGGAGUUUUGUCAGUUUUUCCUUUGGGGAUAAGACAUCUGCAAUCACUUCAGAGGAGUGAUUGUUGUUGGACAUUUAUCCCACACGACCUAUAAGGAUAUCUCCAAACAAUUUAAAGCCCAUAAUCCUACAGUGAGAAACAUUAUCCAUAUAUUGAAAACAUUUAGGGCUCAGCAAAUUCUACACAAUGUGGGACCAUGCAAUACCAACAAGCAAAGUGGUAGCAGUUUGAUGAUCUGAGCUUUGGAUUACUUCAAGGUAUUUCAGCUUAAGGAGCUUUUUCAAGCUAUUGAUGGUUUAGCUUCAACUUCCAUCCAUCCACCCAUCCAUCUUCUUCCGCUUAUCCGG